AUGAAUCAAAAAGUACUUGCAGUACUUUGCUUGGUUCUCGCAGUCGGCGCAGUUCCUCCAUCGGAUCUUCCGGAUCCGUCUGGUCCACCGCCAGGUCCUCCAGGACCGCCACGUCCUUCUGGACCUCCUCCAUCGGGCCCACCACCUUCUGGAGCUCCUCCAGGCCCACCAGGACCACCAGGACCGUCUGGACCACCACCAUCUGCUCCUCCUUCUUUCUUCGAAUGGGUCUUCGGAAGAGCUCAUCCUUCGGGACCACCACCAUCGGGAGCUCCACCAGGUCCCCCAGGACCGUCCGGACCUCCACCAUCGGGACCGCCACCAUCUGAUCUUCCAUCUGGAUCGAAGCUGAGAGUCGGUAGACCACAUCCUUCUGGACCACCGCCAUCGGGAUCACCACCGUCCGGAGCUCCACCAGGCCCCCCAGGACCACCAGGACCAUCGGGACCGCCACCGUCUGAUCUUCCGUCUGGAUCAAAGCUGAGAGCCGGUAGACCACAUCCUUCUGGACCACCGCCAUCGGGACCACCACCGUCCGGAGCUCCACCAGGUCCCCCAGGACCACCAGGACCAUCGGGACCGCCACCGUCUGAUCUUCCGUCUGGAUCAAAGCUGAGAGCCGGUAGACCACAUCCUUCUGGACCACCGCCAUCGGGACCACCACCGUCCGGAGCUCCACCAGGCCCCCCAGGACCACCAGGACCAUCGGGACCGCCACCGUCUGAUCUUCCAUCUGAGUUCAAGCUGAGAUCCGGUCGCCCACGUCCUUCUGGACCUCCACCAUCGGGACCACCACCAUCCGGAGCACCACCAGGCCCACCAGGACCACCAGGACCAGAGCCAUCUGGCCCUCCACCAUCCGGAGCACCACCAGGCCCACCAGGACCACCAGGACCAGAGCCAUCUGGCCCUCCACCAUCCGGAGCACCACCAGGCCCACCAGGACCACCAGGACCAUCGGGACCACCACCAUCCGAAUCGUCUGACUUGUAA